AUGUUUGUCACUUUUGUGACAGGAAAUAAGAAUAAAUUAGCCGAAGUUCAAGCGAUAUUGGCUGAUGUUUUACCAAACUUAAGAUCACAAAAUCUUGAUUUACCUGAAUAUCAAGGUGAACCUGAAGAUAUAACAAAAGAAAAAGCAAUCUUAGCUGCUCAACGUAUAAAUGGUCCUGUUUUGGUUGAAGAUACAUCUCUACACUUUAAUGCUUUACAUGGUCUUCCAGGUCCAUAUAUUAAAUGGUUUUUAGAUAAGUUAGGUCAUGAUGGUUUGAAUAAAUUACUUGCUGGUUAUGAUGAUAAAACAGCAUAUGCACAAUGUGUAUUUGCAUUUUGUGCUGGACCAUCUUAUGAACCGAUUACAUUUACUGGUCGUUGUCCAGGACGUAUUGUACCAGCACGUGGACCAAAUACAUUUGGAUGGGAUCCAGUAUUUCAACCAGAUACUGAACAAGGACAACCAGGUGAUAAAACAUUUGCUGAAAUGGAUAAAACAAUAAAAAAUCAAAUUAGUCAUCGAAGUCGAUCGUUACAAUUGGUUAAAGACUAUUUUGAUAAACAUCCAGAAUAUCGUUCAUAA